UAUACUUCGUAAAUUAAAAUUAACCGCUUUAGACAUGUAGUAUGUGUACUUGCUAUGUUACUUCAUUAAUUGCUGUCUGUGCUGUGGGUGCCGUGGAGCUGACAGUUUAUAGUUUUUAAAUUGUACAUAUUUACUUCUUUUAAAAUUAUUUUAUUAAACAUUUAUCAAAAAUGGGAGAUAUGGGACCUGGAGAGUACUUUAUUUGUGGGGGUUUUGGUGGAAUAUGUACUGUUGUAGUAGGCCAUCCCUUAGAUACUAUAAAAAGAUCAAAACAGAAGGGAGAGAAUAAAGUGUUUGCUGCAAAUUCAACAGGGGCAAAUGCACCAAAGGUUUAUAAUGGGCCUGUUGAUGUAGUUAAGAAACUUUACAAGCAAGGAGGGAUAUCCAGUAUCUACAGAGGAGCAGGAGCAACACUGCUAAGAGAUGUUCCUGCUUCGGGAAUGUAUUUCCUUACUUACGAAGCUAUUAAGGACUACGUUACCGAAUAUGGAACAAAGGAUAUCACUAUAUUAGGAACUAUUCUGGCUGGUGGAUCAGCUGGAAUAUCCAACUGGUUGAUAGGCAUGCCCGCCGAUGUUUUAAAAAGCAGAUUACAAACAGCCCCUGAGGGUACAUACAAGAACGGUAUUAGAGAUGUAUUCAAACAAUUGAUGAAGACUGAAGGACCUCUUGCCUUAUAUAAGGGUAUUACACCUGUACUGCUUAGAGCCUUCCCGGCGAAUGCUGCCUGUUUUGUAGGCUUUGAGUUAUGCAAGAAGUUUAUCGAUUUCCUCUUCCCGAAGAAAAAACCAACAACAGAACAAAUCGCUUAGUUAUGUCAACGAGAUUAUGGUAUUGGAUCCUUGGAUGUAUUGAUAUAUUUGUGAUUCUGAUUGAUAGAAGAAAUGUUAUUAUGUUUGUAUUAUUCGACGAUGACAGGUUCCUUGUCUUACUUGACAUAAAGAAUAUGUAAAUAAGUAAGUUCGUUACUGCUUAAAUCUUGUAACUCUAAAUAAAAAAAAGUAUUAAUAGUUACAUAAUGACCAAACAUUCUGUCGUUAUAAAGUGUUUAUCUUCAUUAAUUGAAAAAUUUAAUAAUAAUAUACAAAAGUGAGACUGAAACAAAUAUUUGACAUUUAGAAAAAUUGAUUUUAACAGAUUAAGUGCCAGGAGUUUUUUUCAUAAACUCAAAAUAUCAAAAUAUUGUGUAUGUCUACCUAAAUGGGUGGACAACAAAAUUCAAAUUUUUGCUUGUGUUCCCUUUUGUUAAGAUUUUGGCAUUUUGGAAUAGGACAGAUUCAGCAAGAUUUGGCCACUACUCUAUUUGAUACAAGAACAAUUUCAAUAUACGAAAAAACCUGGAGAAAAUUUGGUAAUUGGCGAUUCAAUGGUGCCUUUUACUGGCAGACUAAAUUUUAAACAACAUAUCCCAGGAAAAUCACACAAAUAUGGUAUAAAGCUGUUUAAACUUUGUGAUCAACGUGGUUAUACAUAUAAAAUGAUAUAUUGUAAAAAAAAUGAAAUCUAGUUAUGGAUCACUUGCAACUAAUGUGGUCAUGUCUCUAAUGAAGUCCUAUUUUAGCACGGGAGAACUAUAUGUACUGAAAUUUUUUACAUUAGCAAGUUUGCUGCUCAUUCAAAAAUUGUUGGAAAAGAAGACAUACUGUUUAGAUACAUGUUUUAAAAAUCGAAAGGAUUUGCCGAAGGAACUUACAGCUGCUAAGCUAAAACGGAAUGAGGGUCCUUGAAAGUCUGGCAUUGACAUAUCCGAUCAGUUAUCUUCUUAUCAUUCUGCUAUUAGAAAGUCAAUUAGAUGGUAUCAUUAAGUAGCUGAUGAUUUAUUAUUUGGAGCAUCAAUUAUAAACACCUAACUUAUAUUCCUUAUUAAAUAUUCUACAAGACCUAGAAGUAAGGUUUAGAACACCCAAAUUAUUAUUAUCUACAAAAAUCCGAAAUUGUCCAAUCUGGUAAAGCAAGUCCAGUCUUAAAACUUUUUGCAAUAGAUACCCAAUUAAACCAUUUUUAUGUUUUGAAA